CUCGCAGGUCUGCCGCUGACAGUGCUGUAGUUAGGAAGUAUGUAUUGAUUUUUAUCUCGUCCCUUUUUCGAGUUUUCCGCACGUUCGGAGUUUAAUAUUAUAAAAGUUAAUUUUUUUAUCGUUUUUCUCAGUUAUUUUUUUUAAUCUAUAUUAUAGUGUUAUUUAUACUUGUGUCUGUUUCACCGUUUUUACCAAAUGACGCGUUUAUGAGACCCAACCGUUUUCGGCUAGUCUGUGUAUCUAUUUCGCGUUUCCAUACUGUAAAUAAUGGCUAAAGACAGGCUAGCGGCUUUAAAAGCGGCUCAAAGUGAUGAUGAAGAAGGAGGCACCGAUGAUGUGGCUGUUAGUUUGGAAGGCCGGCAAGAUGGAUCGGGAGCUGGAUUUAUGGAUAAAUUUUUUGAAGAGGUGGAAGGUAUCCGAGGGAUGAUAGAUAAAAUCCAAGCAAAUGUGGAAGAAGUGAAGAAAAAACAUAGUGCAAUUUUAUCUGCUCCUCAGACUGAUGAAAAAGUGAAACAAGAGCUGGAAGAUCUUAUGGUGGAUAUAAAAAAAACUGCUAAUAGAGUCCGUGCCAAACUCAAAGAAAUUGAACAGAAUAUAGAAGCAGAAGAGCAAUUGAACAAAUCGUCAGCAGAUUUAAGAAUACGCAAAACUCAACAUUCAACAUUAUCACGUAAAUUUGUUGAAGUGAUGACAGAAUAUAACCGUACACAGACAGAUUACAGAGAACGCUGUAAAGGUCGAAUUCAAAGGCAAUUAGAAAUAACGGGAAGAACAACUACUAAUGAUGAACUUGAAGAAAUGUUAGAACAAGGAAACCCGGCUGUAUUCACGCAAGGCAUAAUUAUGGAAACACAACAAGCUAGGCAAACAUUGGCUGACAUUGAAGCCAGGCAUGCUGAUAUUAUAAAACUGGAAAACUCAAUCAGAGAACUUCAUGAUAUGUUCAUGGAUAUGGCAAUGUUGGUAGAAAAUCAGGGCGAAAUGAUUGAUCGAAUUGAGUAUCAUGUUGAACACGCCGUGGAUUAUGUACAGACGGCAACUCAAGAUACUAAGAAAGCGUUAAAAUAUCAAAGCAAAGCGAGAAGAAAGAAAAUCAUGAUCCUGAUAUGUUUGACAAUUCUCAUUGUUAUUCUUGGAGGAUUUGUGAUGAGUUUUCUUCCCAAGCUCCAUUAAUAGAUCUUCGUGAAAAUAAGUAAGCAUAGAGCAAUUUUUUGACGGGUACAUCCGGCAGAGCAGUCACUCAAUACAUACUAGUUCUUCGGCUUGUAAAGACUGGAAUAGUGUACGAAAAACAACAUUUUAUUCAUUUAAUUUAUUUAAUUUUUAUUUCCUUUUCCUGCCUAAAAAAAAAAAAAAACAAGUAAAAAAGUCUAUGUGAUUUAUUUAUGAACGCUGUCUGUCCUGUUUUAAAAGUAACUAUAUUAUAAUAUUUAUUGUUUUUUAAAACCUCUUUCUUAAUUAUUAUAGUUAUAUUGUUAUUGAUAAAAUUAUUAGAUUUUUAAAACCAAUUUAUAUAUCUAUAUAUAAUAAUUAUUAACUAUAUAUUAUAAUAUAGAAAUUCAUGUGAUAAUUCGUUAAGAUAUUCAAAAAAAUUUGGCUUCCUCGUUUUAUCAUUUUAUAAUUUCUGCAGUGCGAUGCGUAGGUGAAUUGGAAAUAAUGUCAAUUUUUAAAUAAAAAAAAAAAAAAAUAGUUGUUUUGUUCUACUUAAGUAUUAUUCAUCAGUAUAUGCUUUAGAAGAACUAAUGUAUUGUUUUUACAUUGAUUUUCUUUUGAGAUUAUUAUUUUUUGUGUUAGUUUUAGUAAAUUCCAUAAUAGUUUAAAUUAAGUAAAAGUGCCUUGGAGUAUAUAGCCAUCAUCCACAGAAUUUAGACAUUAAAGCUUAUUAAUAUUUGAAAACGCAUAUUAUUAUCAAUACUAAUAUACAUUAUUUAUGUAUUAUUAAUGUUGUAAUUCUAAAUUUAACAUUUUUUUUUUUUUUAAUUAUAUUAUUGUUUAAUUUUAAAAAUUUCAUUCUCCUUCACCUUUUUAUUAAAAUAAUGGUAAUAAUAAAUAACAAAACUGUUAGAAAUGUAUAGCCAUUCAAAGUUUCAUGAAGUGUUUACAUAAUACAUGUUUUCUCAACAUAUAUUUUGUAGAUCUCAAUUUACUACUAAAUUUCUAACACAAAGUGGAAUUCGCUCAAGAUAUAUAAUUUAUUUCUGAAAAGUAAUUUUUUUUUAUUUUGAUUAUUUACACAUCUCAUUUGACAAUAUUAUGUCUUAAUCAAUUAUUUUUUAUUUUUCCUGUGUAAGAGUGUUACCUAUUUUUAUUUUAAACUACUAUAUUAGUAUUUUCAUAUUUAAUUAAUUUUUUAAAACUAAUUUAACAAUUAUAAUGUAAUUUUAAAGAUAUUUGGUACUAUGCUUUUUUUCUUGAUAUUCUAUGUUUUUAGUCACAGUAUUCGUAUUUACAGACUUUUUUUUACAAUGUAUUUUAAAUUAGAAAAAGUAUAAAUACAUACAAUUUUACUGUAAAUACAUUUAAUUAUACUACAUGUUUUGCCAUAUUGCUGUUAUUGUGUUCUAAUCAAAUUACAAUAUUAAUAAUUAAUACCAUUUUUAGGAAAAAAAAUAGAUUAUUUAUUAAACAUUUCAUAAUAUUAUUAUUCUCUUUAUUUAUUUAUUUAUGUUUUUGUUUUAUUUUAUUAUUAUUUGUUAAUGAUAGAAAUGUAAUUUACAUUUUCAAUCAGAAUAUACAAUUUUAUAGGUUAGAGGACUAUUUUCGUUUUUUUUUUUUUUUUUUUUAAUUAUAGAAUAUUAUAUUAUGAAUAUCUAAAAUAUAAAAAUUGUACAGUGAAAAUUGUUUCUUGUUAAAUUUGUUGAUCUUUGCCUAUAAUUGUAGUGAAGAUAUUAAUUUUUUUUAAUGUUUAAGUGUUAAUAUUGUAAAAAUAGUGCAAUUUAAGUCUUUUUAAUAAAACAAUUUGUUUUUAUUAGUGAUUAAGAGAGCAUUUUAUUAAAUGAUACAGAAAAUCAUCAAUAAGAUUUUUUUCUUUUUUAAAUUCUUACAGCCUAAGUUAUAAAAUUAGUACGUCAAUUUUGUUUUUAAUUAAUAAGUAAUUUUAAUAGGGCCAUGACAAAUAGUUUUUUUUUUGCACACUUAGCUUUACAAUAAAAUCAAUUGAACAAUGAAAUUUGAUAUUUGAAAGAAAAAAAUGUUUAGUGUUCUAAUCACCAUUAACCCAUUGGGCACUUAAUAUAUUCCAAUGUCAUUUUUCUUUUGUCAAUAUAACUUGUACUUAUCACAUCUAUUUUGUGUACUUUGUUUUGACACAUUGUCAAUCAUAUUUUUAAACAAAAUCAUACUACUAUUUAAUUGUAGUUGUUUUAGCAACAUUUUAAGAUGUUUUUCUGUUUUACUUGAAGUAUUUAAAUUUUUUGCUAUACAUAUUAUAUUUUUUGUAUGAUCUAUAUAGUUUAAAAGUAAAGUAUUAUAAUUAUUGUAGAUUUUUUUUUCUAAAAAAUAAUAAAAUGUUGAUGUCUGGUCAUAAAUACAUUUUUUUAUUGACCAUUGUCAGAAGUCAUGAUAUUGUAUCUACUUUUUAAUUUUAUCUGAUAAUAACUCAUUAUAAAGUAAUAAUAUCAAAUUGGUAAUAAACUCGUAAUAAUGUAUUAAUA